AUGUCUUUCGUCAUUGAUGACGAUUGGUCACAAAGAAUGGCAAGUAUUCAAGAACGCUAUGUUCCACCACCACCGCCCAUGCCCAUGUUCAUUCCAUCCAGCUCCACCAACAAUCAAGCAUAUGCUCAUCCGACAAGGCCAAGUGUUCCUGUCACAGUAACACACGAAACACGGAUACUCGAGUCUCUAGUCGUGAAACUCUACCGUCAAUAUGAUUAUCCCGAAUUAGAUGCAUUUGCGACAGAGUUAGUAACAACGAAUAAGUAUACAUUCAUCGAGAACAAAGAAUGUUCUACCCUUCAACUGUAUGCAAUCAAAUCCACAAGCAAACCAAUCGAUUUAAGUAAUGUGACUAGUCGAAAGUCGUACAAGCCAAGUUUAUUCACGCGCAAAAACGAUAAAUUUGGGCCGUGGAAUUAUAACUUUCUCCUAAACUUAUUAGAAAUUGAAUACGAAGCAGACAAUAAUCAAGAAUUUCCACCAAUAUGGCGAACUAACACAAAUACAGAAGUGAAGUGCGAAAUUGUACCGCAAAAGGAACACAGAGCUCGAACAUCCUUUACAGCAAAUACAAGUGAUAGUGAAGUAGACAAUGUGACGUUGUUGGGUACACUCAUACAGAUUUGUCGACAAAAUCGAUGUGAUGAAAGCGAUGCUCAGCUCUGGUUAAAGAACCUCAAAGAGGAAAACAUCAAUACGCUUGAACACCUUCGAAAUGCUGUCACCAAUGAUAGUAUGUGGGAAAAAGUAUCUUCAAUCAAGAUCAUGGUAAAAGAAAUGAUUCGUGACUUUUUGCAAUUGAACGCUGCCGCUCACACUUUCAUUCAAACAAAAAAUCCAUACAUACAAUCCAAGGCAACUUUGCUCGGUGAUAUUCAUCGUGUACGUCGUUAUUUUCACUACAUAAACAAUACAUUAGAUAAUCUUUCACAUCUCGAUCCUGAUGCUGUGAAUCUAGCUAUUGCCGAGGUUCGACGAACUUAUGAUGACGAUGGCAAUGUACUUAACAACAUACAUAACUAUUUAUGCACGUUUUGUCUAAAGAAUGCUAUACCAUCACCGGAAGAACAUGAACGACAACGUCGUGAAUGGAAAAAACAAUUAAUCGCAGCGGAAAGUACAUUGAAAACGAAGAAACAGGAAAUUGCUGAGAAACAACCAAAAUUGGAUGAGCUUGCAUUAGAAUUGAAAACAUUAGAUUUGCGCUGUACAAAUCUUAACUAUUUGGACAAGACAGUUAACCAAGAGGCAGAAGCUUUCUUGAGAAAACCUAGUAACAUACCUUUUGAGACGAUUCAUUCACGAUCUCAGAAGCACCAAGAAGCCACAAAGAAGAAGAGCGACCACGAAAAAAAGAAAGCGAACGCUUCAACUGACUUAGCGCAGCGACAGCUCUGGUACAAUGCACUCAGUGAAAAUCUAACGAUCGUGAAGGAGGCAAUCAUUAACUAUGAGAAGACAAUUGCAGGUCUCAAAGCGUUUCUUCAGCUCGACCUAAGAGAUGAACAUGGUAAACUUAUGGUAAAAUUUGGACGGGGCCUAUUGCUUUACGGUCCACCAGGCACUGGCAAAUCUGAACUGCUCAAGAGAGUGGCCAUCUAUGCUGGCAUUACGAUGACAACCAUAGCCCUGGCUGCCGGCGAGUUGAAUCGACCGUAUGUGGGCGAAACGGAAAAAUUGCUCAUUGAUAUUAUGUCUCGAGCGAACACGAUUCCAUAUUUGAUUUGUGCAAUGACAAUUGAUGAAAUUGAUGGUCUCGUACCAAAACGAGACAACAAUGCUCAACAAUCGAAAGUGGACGGUAUCAGUGUGCUUCUUUCGCACAUCGAAGGAGUGAAGAACAUACCAAACUUGAUCAUUUUCGGUGCCACGAAUCGACGAAAUAUGAUGGACGAAGCAAUACUUCGUCGAAUACAAGUAAAAUGUUUCGUUGGCCGGCCGUCACCCGAAAUUCGGAAGAAAAUGCUUCGUCCCCUACUCAUGAAAGAUUCACAUACGUUUACGAAUCAACGGCUAGACCUUUUGGUUAAAAUAACAAUGAAUUUCAGUGGUGCAGCAGUUGGUGCUCUCAAGUCGAGUCUCAUCGUGGCUCUGGAUACUAAAUCGCAGCUAACCGAUGAUCAAAUACUCAGUUUGGCCAAUAAUGCCGCUAGGGAGUUUAGUUGUUGGUUCGGCAUUGGCACAUUGCCCGAAGCAGCUCGUACGCAACCAAAUUUUCUUGCAUCACAUGAUAACGAAGACUUUAGCCUUAAGCUGGUUGAUCUUGCACCAACUGGUCGAAUUCUUAUUGACCUGCAAGAUCGUUCGUGCGUCAUUGAACUUACCAAUGACGCGUCCAAAGAAAACAAGUUACAGAACACUGAAACUUCAGUACUUUCAUUACUCUCGCGUUUUGUCAAUGGUUGCCUCAGUCGAAAUGUUGAUUCCAUUCAAAUUAUUGAUCUCAAUUUUCUUACCAAACAAAACGCAUUCGAAGAAAAUCAAAUGUUUGAACUGCUCACCACUACUUUCCUUGGUAAUUAA